GUUUGUGUGUGUUGCUGCUGGUCCUGCCCGCCUGUGAGGGGCGUCGAGAGCUCUGCUGGGAACUACAUGGUGCUCAUUUUUUCAAGAUGUCGUCGCUGGAACAGAGGCUGUCGCGAAUCGAGGAGAAACUAAAGCAGGAAAAUGAAGAAGCUCGGCGGAGGAUCGACCUUAACAUCGACAUGAGCCCACAGCGAUCACGUCCGAGGCCGAGUGAGUGUGCACCGGGGAGAACCGGGGAGUCGGUAACGGCCAGAAUAGCCGGGGGGAAAGAUCGUAGAGGCGGAGGGGAGGGAGCGAAGGAUCGGGGGGGUGUUAUGCUGCUAAGCUACCAGCUAAUAGGCUAGCUACAUAAACAAACACCGACUCAGCUUGGUCGAUUAAUUGAGCUGUCGGGUCACCCCCUUUUAGGUGGGACAUCCCCUACCUUUAGCUAAGUUUAAACAUGAAUUAUAAGUCGCUGUCAUGAAAUAUCUCGCUGGAAGUCCCGUCCUGAAAUCUGCUCUGAUACUCUCCUGUCAAACAUGCUAGCACUCAGUGGUUGUCGAUGGCAGGCCCAGCGUCGAUCUGAAAAUUUCAUGUAGUUUUCAGUCUUUUGGAUGAAAUAUCGUGUCUGUGCCACAGUCCACUAGAGUGCCUGUUGUGUUAUGUUAUUAUAAAGCUGUGUGUUUGUAUGUGACUGUUCUGUUAAAUCAAGUACCUGUGUUAGUUUUGACCCUUGACGAAACUGACGCUAGUUUGUGCUGCGAGCUAUCAGAUGUUAGCUAACGUCCAACAGACGAUACCAACCUUUGGUUAUUAUGGUGUAAGUAUGUUGUACACAGAUAAACGUUUAUUUUUCAGUCUGUUUCAUACAUGUCUAAAAGAGUCCCCUUAAUAAAGAAGGUGUCAGAGUAACAGAGAGUCCUAGAAGAGUAAAGCUGGGCCCUAAUAAACUGUCUUGAGGAGAAAAGUCCCCCACAUCCAGCUCAGCACAAGAGUCUGACUGUAACAUGCCAGCGCUGGCUGACAUGUUACACCGAAAUAAACACUCAAGUGGAGAGAGAAAGCUCUUUAUAUGUCACCACUGCGACACUGUAGACUUUUCCCACUCAGGGGAGAGUGGGGUAAGAUGAGCCAUUUUUCAUAUUUGGGAUCACUACAUCAAGGCAAUCAUAGUUUUGUCUCUAACUAGUGUAUCUGCAUAUAUUUUAAGAUGUCGUGCAUCCCUGCAAAUUAGCAGAAUGAGUGUAAACAUAACUGUCUUGAUAAUAUAGUAUGCCAAAAAAAGUGGUCUCCUAUGGUCAACUUACCCCAGAACUACUAUUAUGACUUUGUUAAGUUGAGCCGUAUCCCUACUAACCCCCUGACCCUUCUUUCCCUAAAUAACAGUCACUUUUGCACAAUCAUGUGUGUUUUUAUCUAUUUUACUCUAUUCAACUGGUACAAUCAUUCUUUUUAUUAUUAUUGCAUAUAACUGCUAAAAAGCUGUUUUGUAAAAGCAUUUUAACAUGAGAAUGUCUUUAAGUGAUUCAGAACAUUCACAGCUGAAUUUUUGAAAAGAUAAAGUAAAACAUUUCAACAAUCUGAAUGAAACUCUGAUCCUCUCAUCAUAUUCCUUUACUUUCUCAGUUGAGCCACUGCCUCAACUUACCCCUGGCCAAAUGGCUGAACUUACCCACUACUAUUAUGACUUUAUUAGUCCUCUAAGCAAAAAUGGUGGACUUUUAUUCUAGGUAGUGAUGGGCACGGCAGUUCUUUUAGAUACUGAAUCACUAGAAUCAGUUCACUAAAAAGAUCAGUUCAAAAGAUUCGUUCACUAAAUCACCAAAUCAUGUAGCGCUUGUCGGGAGAAGCCUGCGACUGCUCGGCUGCUCAAUUGGCAAUGCCGUUUCUCACUUCAUCUCAACUGAAUUGAGAAACGAACAAAUCACUUGAGGAAGUGAUUCGGUUCAGUACAUUCACUUAAAAGAUUUGGUUCUUUUAAAUGAACCGUUCGCGAAUGACACAACACUAGUUCUAGGUUUUUGACCUCAUGGUGUAGCUCAUAGAUACCACAAUUGAUGUAUAAAACAAAUUUAAAAUGAUCUUUUUUGGUCUGAACACAAUUCUAAUAAAACUUAUGACAGACUAAAUUCACUUUCAAAAGUGAAAAAUGUUUUUUUGGAAAUAAAUGUGGAACCCCUUCACCCAUGUGCUUCUAACCUUCACAGACUCUGUGAAUUGAUGCCCAUCUCCCAAAUAUUUGGUCACAUGAUCAAUUUCUUUUAUCAUUUUCAUACAACAAGGGGUGGCUCAACUUACCCUCUGGCUCAACUUACCCCACUCUCCGCUAUCGAUUGUAUACAACUGAUUCAGUACGACAAAUGAUCAUGUUUUUGCCACACGUGAAGGUUGUCUUCUUGGGUUGUAUUAGCCAUCUAUAAGAGUGUGUGAGUUAAAGGUGACACUUAUAUUUAUCUUAUUGACAUGUCUCAUGAAAAUACCAGUUAAGAAAUUGAGCUGCAUAUUAGCAGGUGUUGUAAGGGUACAUGAACAGACUGUGAUUAUUACACAGCAGUGUAGACCUCACUUGUGCCACAAACAACAAUGACGUUCUGAUUCAAGGCUUACCUGAUCCAGCUGAUUGGACCAGGGUCAAGGAUCAUGACCAGUUCACUCUCACUCCAGUUUAUUUUUUGAUGCCACUGUGAAAUUGACUCAUCUAAAGUAUUAAACAUCAUUGAGGGAACUCCCAAGAGGAUAGACAAGAUUUUCAGCAAUGUGUACAAUUUUCUUUUUUAAAUUUACGACACUAAACUUGACCCCUAUACUGAUAUCACUGGUUUUGUUUGGUGUUCGUUUGUUGGUGCUGGUCAGUUCUGUCAAUCCAGUCACUGUAAUACAAAAUCAUGGGUAUUGUAGUUGAUUUUUAGACACCAUAUGCAGUCUUAAGUAUAUGCAAAUACCACCUAAAAUCUUACUAAACCGUAUUUGAAAAUAUCAAAAUACAUUCUUGACAUGCUUUUGAAGGUUUGUGAUUUCAUCUCGACCUUUAUAAGGAACCCAAAUCAUUAAAAAAGGCUUAGAUGGUACUGGUCUUUUCAUGGGAUACGUCAACAAAGCAGGAGUUUUCAUUUCUUUUUGUGAUAUUUUGUGUGUGAGUGAGUGAGUGAGUGUGCAUGAACACAGGUGUGAUUGCCUUUCUAGUACAAUGCAGUAAUGUGUGUGCGUGUGUAUAUUUUCUUUCCUCUGUCCAGUCAUCGUGAUCCAGCUCAGUCCUGCUCCAGCUCCUUCCCAGCGUGCAGGUAUCAUUCAGUCCAUCGCUCUCUCUGCCACUGCACCUUUCUUCCUCCUCCUCCCCCAACCAACACCUGUGUCACCCAUUUCACCUCCCACCUCCUCCUCUCCUCCCAUCUUUGUCUUUGAUUUAAGAAAGGGGGUAUUAAUUUCUACUGUUCUUAAACCUAGAAGUGGAAAUGAUAGGCAUUUGUGAUAUUUCCUGUGGUAUUACGAUUUCUUUAGUUAGAAAAAAUAAAUAUAUGUCUUGUUAAUUUUUAUGUGAUCAAAUGUUUGUAAAGGACGGAUCAUGUGGACAACAAACUUUGAGUGCUUUAUGGUGCUGUCAGUUUCGGGGGUUUAAUCGAGUAACAACUAUAACAUGCCAGUAUUUCAAUCUCUUAUUGUCUCUCGAUUUAUUUAUUUAUUGAUUUGUUUUUCUGUCACACACUUUUAAGUUUCCUACUCGACAUUCUCAUCACACCUCCCCCAGCCCCUGUUAAGUUUUCGAAUGAAUAAGAACCUCCACUUUAACACUGAAGAUUAAUUCCUGACCAGCUCUGAUAUUUUAGCCAAACAGUUAUUUACACCUCCCUGCAAAUCACACCCUGUGUCCAUCUUUCCAUUCUCUCUCUCUCUCUCUCUCUCUCUCUCUCUAUGUAUCUAUCUAUCUGUGUAUGCACCUCUGUGCCAGUGGCAGGGCAGUAUCAGUGUGUUAGUGUGUGUGUGUGUGUGCGUGGAUGCGUGCCCGUUGGUUAACCUUUGUUAUGCUGGAGGCGGACAAUCACGGUGCAUGUGGCUUUUCUGCACGACACAGUGUUUUUUGGGUUGUGUUUUUGUUUGACACAGUCUCUAUUAACUCGCAUCCCCACUGGUCCGUCUGCAGGAGUGUGGCUCUCAACACUCUGGUUUUUUCUCUCUCUCUCAAUAUCACUCUCUUUCUUUGUGUGCCAACUGAAGACGUGCCCUCCUGUCUGAGUCCGACUGACCGACUGUCUGACUUCCAGCUUCGUCUGUGCUCUGCAGUUUUGGCUGAAUUUUCCGAAUUGCUCUCACACCGGACUGUUUUCUUUUUUGUAAUUUGCCUGUUAUUUAUCUCCUGGCAUCCCCCUCUUCCUUUUGCAGCAGGAGGUGAUGCAGCAGUACCUACAAGUGUUUGUGUGUCUUUCCUCCUUGCUCUGUCUGCCCGUCUAUCCUCCUGUCUUUCCACUUGGAGCCAGCAGAACUGUGGAGAUGCAAUCUGUGCCAAAGACUGCCUGAGCCUUUCCUCCCUCUUUGUACUAACUCGUCUUCUCCUCCACUAACUGACUCUCCCCCUUACAGGCUGAUCCAUCUAGGUGACUCACGGACACACACACCUGCCGGCUGAACUGCCAAUCUGUUACGACAGAAAUACUGACGAUAAUUGCAGCUGUGUGGUUCUCAAAAAUGUUUCGUGAUCUGGUUUCAGAUGUAUGUUAGAGCCGCUGAUUUGAAGGUGAAAAUGAGAAAAGCUCGAGCUCUUGUGGAAUUCACUUUAGCUGCUCACCUUCUGUCUCGUCAUUUAGUUGCAUGAAAAGUCUGUACUACUAACUACAACCGAACCUCAGAUGGGUUUCCAGCAUCUCCUUUUAAAAAUGAGUUUAUGCUUUCUUGCUCAUAUAUCCCCACUGGUCAGUGUUGUUUUAAUGUGUCUAUGAAGGCAUGAUUUAACGUGUGUUCAUACGAGGCUCUACGCAUGUUGCACUCUCUUUGUUGUUUCGAUUUCAAUGCCAGUCAGUCGCAAACUAAAAACGUACAGCUGUCAGUUUCGCAUGCUGCGGUUCAAACUCACUCACGGGCUCAACAGGCUGGAAAACACAGGUGUCAGUGUUAAACUAAGUUUUUGAUAGGUUUUCUUUGUUUUUCUUGCUCCAGCCAGAUUUCUAUGACAUUAUACUCACUGAAAAUAAUCUCUAAGAUCAGAGAAAAUCCCCCAGUUAUGUAGAAAUGAUCUUUUGCUUCACAGACAGACCUCCUGACGUAACAGUAACUGUGAAAAGCUUUCAAAUGGAAAGAGAUCCAGAUUUUUAUCUAGUUAUUGAACAUUGAGUCUUUGCUUCAUUCCCCAUAAAAAAAGCCCUGAUCAGCUCCAAUCUGAUUCGGACCCCUCUCAUGAUGGAUAAAUAUUAAAUCACCAGUUUACAACCUGCGUAUUUACCCCUGUUGGUAUUAUUAUGCAAUCGUUAUUGAUGAAACGAACGUCUGUGCCUCUAAAGUAAAAAAAAACAACCAAUACAGUUGAACUGUAGGCAUGAUCCACAUUCAUGAGCUGUGGUCUAACUCUUUGUUGUCUCUCCCUGGUGUUGCUUUUGCUUGGGAAAACCGUCUUGUUUGUUUUAACAUCAGGUCUGGAAAUCAGUGAAACAAAAACAAAUGUAUAACUUAAGAGAAGUGAAGUUCUCAAGGUGUUUACAUACGACAACAGGUCUGGAUAACAGGACUAUGGUGAUAAGACAAUGAGGCAAGUUUCUCUUGUUGACUUAAAGGAAUAUUCCGGCGUAAAUGAAGUUAGGGUAAAACAAAUCGUAACACUGAGUUGGACACCCCUUGGAGAGAAGAAUGUUGCUGACUGCUUGCUUCUCCAGCUAUACCAACUUUAGUAACGACCGCAGGAUAGCAAUACACAGUGGUCUACGUCUCCACGUGCAAACCUCAACCAAAACGCCACUCUAUAGCCACAAAUAACGCUCAGAACAGCACCUAAACUUCAUCAACAGUACAUAUAGGGUUUGCCUGGUUUCUUAAGCAAAGAGACUAAACACAGCUCACCCACUCUCCUCCAGCAGCCGCUUGUUUGUGGGGGAGCCCUGAUGAGUCAAUCACCGAGUGCAGUGGAUCAUUUACAUAAAGUAAUAAUGAAAAAUGUUCUUCCUUGAGCUGCGAAACUCCGCUGCACUUGGUGAUUAACUCGUCAGGGCUCCCCCACAAACAAGUGGCUGCUGGAGGAGAGUGGGUGAGUUGUGUUUGGCCUCUUCCCUUAAGAAACCAGGCAAAGCUAAAGAGAUGUUUGAUAGUUAGCACUAUGGCUGGAACCCUAUAUGUACUGUUGAUGAAGUUAGGUGCUGUUCUGAGCAUUAUUUGUGGCUAUAGAGUGGCGUUUUGGUUGAGGUUUGCGUGUGGAGAUGUAGACCGCUGUGUAUUGUUAUCGUGCGGUCUUUGCUGAAAUUGGUAUAACUAGAGAAGCAAGCAGUCGGCAACAUUCAUCUCUGGAGGGGGUGUCUAACUCGGUGUUACGGUGUGUUUGACCAUGACUUAAAUUUAUGCCGGAAUAUCCGUUUAACAUCUCUAGUCCAUACCUCACAUGAUGUGAUAGCUAAGCUAGAGAUUUCAUUAUACAAACCUAAAUAUAUGAGAUUAGACAUCAGAAAGGUCAAAAACAGUGACAAUAGUGAAACUUUCUUUAUUACAAACACAGCUGUCCUACGCCUGCCGACUCGUCCUGUGUUAUUUGUUCUGCUCCUGGUCUGUGUUUAACACGUCUUUCCCCCACCUCAGCGCUCCAGCUGCCCCUUGCAAACGAUGGAGGCAGCCGGUCAUCAUCUUCAGAGAGCUCACCUCAGCACCACCCGUACCCCAGCCGCCCGCGACACAUGCUCACCCUGCCCACACCUCCAUACGGCCUACAGAAGAGCCUAGAGAAGUAAGUGGACACAUGCUUAUAAUCACUGGAGUACCUAAUUGUAACUAUAUGGUUUGAAAACGAAUACAGCAAGCACACGGGUGCAUGGUUGCAAACAAAUGCAGUGAAGUGAGCAGGAUGAAGAGUCCUUUAAAGAAGAGCAGGUUAUUUUUGACACCGUAGAAUCAUGUGUAGGUAGUGUUGGUGGAACAGAUGUACAGAAGCACACAGCAGUUCCUCUGAAGGUUUCACACACAAACUUUCUUCAUACAGCACCUGCUCUCUCUCUCUCUCUCUGACUGACAUUGUGUGUGUUUUGACCCUGCAGUGCAGAGAUUGACCAGAAACUGCAGGAAAUCAUGAAACAGACGGGUUAUUUGAAGAUUGAUGGUCAGGUAAGAAGUGCUUUUAGAAAACAUGUUGAGUGUCUAUUGUUGAACAUUUCUAAUCCCUGAUUUGUGUAAACAAUAAAAAAAGUUGGUAAGAUUAGCUCUGUGUUGGAUUUAGGAUUAAAUUUCUCUGAAACCAAUUUAUAGAAAGUCCCAUCUUUAAUCCAAUUUGUUUUAAUCUUGAUAUUUAGAGGCAAACUACGGAAGUGUAUUGUAUUCACCACAAAAAAAAAAUCUUUUCAGAGUAAUUUUUCUUUCUUUUUUGUUUGGGAUCAUGAUCAUUUAAAAGCAGACGCUUCCAUCCCCCUCUGCUCAAUUUAUUGAAAGCAAACAUUUAGUUUGUUUAGUUAAAUCAAGUUUUACUUUCUUUUGGGUUUGAGACACUGGGAGAUACUCCUUUCUUUAAGUCAGAAAGAUGAAAUUGUCAUAAGUUUGUCUACUUUGCGCAGGCACCUCAGGAUUUGUAUACCCUAUGUUUAACUAAUAAAAUGCUUUACUCUCAUUAACCCCGAAGUCAAAGUUACCUAGGAGCUGGAGAAUCCGCUGAUUUGGAGCAGCCGCGUUGUUUAACGUUAUCUAAUUGUAUGAGAUUCUGGCAGGAUUUUGAAGUAUCUCAUUUAGUCAUGAAAAAAAAAAAGUCUGAAAAACAGAAAGAUGAAAAAAAAUUGUAUGAAAAACAGAAAGAGGGGAAAAAGAAGAUUAGUACAAGAAACAGAAGAAAGAAAUAGUCAGAAAAACAACAAAGAAAAAAAAAAUUAAGAAGUUUCUUUCUUUAAGAGGUGAAUGCCACACGCUUCCAUAGCAAAUAAAGUUAUCUUCAUGGGUGUUAAAAAAGUAAGGUUAGCUUCAUGAGAAACCACAUUUAGAUGAGAAAACACCCAAACAGAAUUUAGUGUAAAUUCCCGUGAGGAGAGCAGAGAAUCUCUAUUAUAGAAGACCUUUGUAUCAACUAAAAUGAAACCAUGAUUGAAUCUGCUCUGGCCUCACUAUAUUUGCGUCGUCCCUCCCUUCUCCUCCAGCCUUCAGGGCCAAUAUUUAAUUUUAAGAUGCUCAAGAAAUGAUCUGACUCAUGGCUGCACUUCAGAUUGUUUUUAUUUCCUCUCAUUAGCUCAGAGGGGAAGCACACACACACACACACACACACAUCACACACUCAGCGAACACCCACAGCAGCUCAGUCGCCAGUGAUUUAAUUUUAAUCAUGCGUCCUCCCACUGUGUGCUAGAAUUCUCAGACAUGACUGAUGGGUGAACAGCUAAAGUACACAUCAAAAUAUUUGCUAGUAAGUUGCCCCAAAGCCUCCCCAAGGCCAAAGUCAGAUGUGGUCUACUUUCUCUAUUUUAGGCUUGAAGUUCAAAAAUCUGUGUGCAUCAAGGCCAGAAGAAAUAACUUAAGCAUGAUCAUAAAUGUUGUUUUUCUUGUGUUGGUGCUUCUCUGUAUGUCCUCAGCGGUAUCCAGCAGAAGUGACAGACCUGAUCAGUGAGGGGGAGAUCGGCAGUGGAACCUGCGGACAGGUCUUCAAAGUCCGGUUCAAGAAGACUGGCCAUGUCAUCGCUGUCAAAGUAAGACCCUCCUGAACAAUGUUCUGGUCACUUUUAACACACUUCUCAUUAUCUACAUGAAACUUGGUGGCGUGACUUUUUAUCGUACCCCCACUGAAGUGAUUUUGUUCAGAUGGGAUUGAAGCCUUUUCAUAGGAAAUCAAAUCAUGUUUCACAUCCUUCAGUGUUCAGAUUUUUCAUGUCAUUUGGUGGAAGAGAGGAGAAUCUCAGAGCGACAGAAUAAAAUGUUGGACCAAACUUCUUGAUUUCAUGUAUCCUCGCUGAUGUGUGUGAUUAACACAACCUCUGCUUGUAUUUAUUCGGGGUUUAGUGCGUCUGUUUUACAGCAGAAUAUGAUUUUAGCCUCAAAUUUACAGCAUAGUCAACAACAUAGCUCUACUUCAGUCUGAUCUGGUUUUUGAUCUGUGCUUCAGUUCCAUGUGUGCUCGUCACUGAGGCCCCGUUUGUACACACCCGAUUAUUUUUUUCAAAACGGAGGCAUUAACCAUCGUUUGCACCCUUCGCAGACGCAAACAGAGAAUUUGCCCCCCCAAAAAUUGCAUGAAAAUGGAGAAAAACUGAGAUUUGGAUAGCUGACGGCAGAUUGUGCGCCGGAAAGUGGGUUAAAUGCGACGUUGUUUACAAUCUUUAAUCCAUGUUUACAAUCUAAUGUGAUCAUGGAUGCAUGCAGAAUAGCAGUCGCAUUUAUGCAAUCCGUUUAUAUUUGUUUACAUUUGCAUCUUUUUCAAAAGAAGGAAGUGACGUUGUUGUUGUUGUUGCUAUGCGAGAUUCUGAUUGGCUAAUGUGGGCUUAAACUUCUCACUACACUGCCACCUACAGGUUAGGCGUGCUCUUGACGGCAUAUAUACACGGGUUAGUGUAAACUAAAACUUUUCUGAAAACGUAGUGGUGUGCACACAGUUUUUUUUUGUAAAUGGAGAGAGUGAAAUGUCCGUUUAUGAAAAUAUCCGGGCAAGUGUAAACGUAGUCUCAAUCUAUGAUCAGCUUUAAUAUCACAGAGAUCCAGAACUGCGUGGAUAAAUCGUCAGGACUGAACUGUGAAACGUGAUCAUAGAGACUUUUCUCUGUGCUUGACAUUCAGAGUGAUCAGCUGCGAUGAAGUCUGGCUCUCACUCCUUUUUUCCCAGAUUCAGUUUAACCGCCUCAUUUCAUGUUGCUGGGUUCUUGUGCUGCAUUCCCAAAUAUCGAAAGGAAACCGUUUAUAGAGACAAAGAAAACUUUCAAACAUCCGUCAGUGUGAUCUAAAAACAGCAGGUGCUUAAAGCUCAGCUGGGUUUAGCUCUCUGAGUUCCUUUUGUGCUGUAAUUGUGCCUGUUUACCAACACAGUGACACUAAUAACCCCCCACAACAGCCCGACCAAGGAAGACAAGACUUAAUGAUAAUGAUUUUGUGGUAUUAUUUCAUUAGAAAGUCCGUGUGAUACCAGAGGAGUUUUUGUUCAUGUAUGUUAGCAGCUAGCGGUAACCUUGGAUGGCUUUUUGUGUGUGUGUCACCAGCAAAUGCGCCGUACAGGAAACAAAGAUGAGAACAAGAGGAUUCUUAUGGACCUUGAUGUGGUGCUGAAGAGUCACGACUGCCCCUACAUCAUCCAGUGCUACGGGGCGAUAGUCACCAACGUGAGUGUUUUCUGAGUGGUCUUCACUAAUGCUGCUAUUUCCAGGACUUGUAUUUGGUCCUUUCACAGCUAAGUGUCUAAUGACAACCACAACACCUCUAUAUAAACUCCAGCCCUCCAGGUUCAUCUUUGUAUUCAGAAGUCAAACUGAUUUUCUACUUGUUUUUCAGCAUUAUUCCUUUAGUCACCCCUGAAGUCUCUAAAAGUUCAGUGUGUGUGUGUUUAUGUGUGCGUGUGUGUGUGUGUCCUUGUACAGACUGAUGUAUUCAUCGCCAUGGAGCUGAUGGGCACAUGUGCCGAGAAGCUGAAGAAAAGAAUCCAGGGCCCCAUCCCGGAGCGAAUCCUUGGAAAGAUGACAGUAGCAGUAAGUGGAGGGCAAAGCGUGACUCUGCUCACCUGAUUAUUUUGUCUGACUAAACCCUGCGCGCUCUUCUCUGCUUUUUCUUCCACUCCAGAUAGUAAAGGCACUGCAGUACCUGAAAGAGAAACACGGUGUCAUCCACAGGGAUGUCAAACCCUCCAACAUACUCCUGGAUGCUAAAGGUCAGAUCAAACUUUGUGAUUUCGGCAUCAGCGGCCGCCUCGUCGACUCCAAGGCUAAGACCCGCAGUGCUGGCUGCGCUGCCUACAUGGCGGUGAGAGAAAUCCACAAUACACAAUAAAAACACCACAAACAUCACAAACCACUGGUUAUCUGAUUCUUUUCUGAAGUAUUUAUCAAAACUGUUUAUGCUUUUGGAAAAAAUAUAAGAACGUGAUCAAAUUUCUGUUGAUGUACAAAAUUCUCACAGAUUGUCUGAACAAAGUUUGGUCUGUUUUUGUUUCCUCACAGCCAGAGAGAAUAGACCCUCCAGACCCCACGAAACCUGACUACGACAUCAGAGCAGACGUGUGGAGCCUUGGCAUCUCUCUGGUACAACCGCUCUCUUUAUUUUCAAUCAUAAAUACAGGGUACUAUUAUAGUCUAACAAUGAGGUACUAAAAGAGAGCCAGCUGACACAUGGUCCAUCUUAUCAGUGAAAAGUCCUACAUGUAGUGUGAAGAGCCUGUCUUUCUCUCUGUCAGCUCACUGUCAACUUUGUGUCCUAAUUGACUGACUCCAGACCAGCGUUCAGCUGUAAUCUCAAAGCAUUUGUGUCCAUCUUGUCAUGAGUGAAGUUGUCUGAUAAUAAGGCAAACAGCCAAAUGAGGUCUUUGUUCUUGGUGUGUCUUCAAGGUGGAGCUGGCCACAGGACAGUUUCCCUACAAGAACUGCAAGACAGACUUUGAGGUUCUGACCAAAGUGCUGCAGGAAGAUCCUCCUCUGCUGCCCCUCAGCAUGGGCUUCUCCCUCGACUUCCAGUCCUUCGUCAAAGACUGGUGAGUGUCUUACUCUAAAGUCCAGUCAGCGCUUUUUGUUCAGCAGGUUUUUAACUUUCAGGUGGGGUAGGCAGGAUCUGAGGAAGUGCCAGUUUUUGGGAGAAAUCUUGAAUGUAAACUCUAACCCUCCCAACCAGUUUUCCCCGCAGCUCCUCCUCUCCCUUCCCUCUCUGCUCCAGCAAGCCCCGCCCACAAACAGACGCUCCUGCUCGCUCGUAUCGUUCCAAUUAAAUUCAGAUAUAAUGCAGAUAAAUACUUCAGAUAAUUACAAAUGGGGCCCAGUCAACAUGAAAGUAAACAGCAUUGGUGCUACUGUAGAUGCCAACAGACGACCAGCAAACACAAUGUUUGCAGGACUUCUACAACUAGGAUAAAGUGACAUAGUCCAGGACCCGAGGUAAACAGUUGAGCGGCGCUACAACACGCUACAGCAGGUCCUGUUUGACCAGAAACGCUUCUGUUACAGACACUUGGCUUACUUUGUUAAAGUAGUUUACCUGUCCAGCAGAAAGGUUACAGGGUCCAUAAGAUCCUGAAGCGUUCCCUAUCAUUUUGAGUUGAGCUGGCUUUUUAAGCUCUUGUCCGGUCUACCUCCUUUUUUAGCGCCUGUUUUUCCACCAGAGUCUCCGGUAUUUACUUCGUUUUCUUGCUUGUGUUGGCAGUCAUGGCCAAAGGAGGAUUCAGACAAAUUUCUGUACUUUCUGGUUGGUUUCUAUUGUCCGAUAUUGUAGCACGCUAACUUUCUUUGGGCUUGUGAACGACGAGGGGGAGCAGCAUCUGCGUCACAACCAAUCAGGUCGGGGAGGUGGAGAAUGGCUUUGUUUACAGUCAGAAAGAGCGGGCCGCUCAAAAAAUGUUAAAUGUUGACUACACAGACAAAACAAAACACAGAGAUAUCGUUAUAUUCCCAAAUGACAUUGAUAACCAAUAGGUAUUGACUGAUUUUAAAAGCUUUUUGUAUAUACGCCACAAAAAAGAUGCUUCUUUAACGGAUUCCUUCACCUUGUGUUUGUCUUUCCACAGCCUCACAAAGGAUCACAGAAAAAGGCCAAAAUACCACACGCUGCUGGUAAGAAGCUAGGUUCUUAAAACUAAAUCUAUCUUGUUUAAAUCUACCAGAAUAAUCCUAAUGACCAAGUGUGACUGAGCGCUCUCCCUCUCCCUUGUCCAGGAGCAUGAUUUCAUCCGGCGUUACGAGGUGUUGGAGGUGGACGUGGCCGGGUGGUUCCAGGCGGUGAUGGAUCGCACCGAGUCGCCUCGCAGCAGCCAGUGUUACAGCCAUCAGCACCCGCUCCACUCUCUCUUCAGUAGGUAGCCUAGUCCAGCGGGACGUUAGCUUAGCAAGACGCUAGACUAGCCUAGCUUUAGCUUUGCUGAACCCAGACUCGGUCUGUUUUUUAGACUAGCCCAGCGUUAGCAGCUAAGCUUAGCGUUACACCGAGCCCGUCUGUCCACCGGAGAACCUGAAGAGCCCACAGAGGAGGAGGAGGAGGAAGAAGAGGAGGAGGACUCUGAACGGACGGAUGGAGAGAUGGACGGAGAGAUGGACUGAUGGGAAGAUGACACAGGUGGUUGAGUUUCUCUUUGUGUUAAAUCUGGACAGGCAGACACAGGAAGGAGGGGGGAAAAGGUGCACACUGUAGUUAGCUUCAUUCGUCUCACUGUCCUAACAAGUCCGUGUCUUUAUGUGUGUAUGUGUGUUUCCAUAGAAACCGUGUGCGUGCUUUUUUAGUGUUUCUACAUUUCAUCACCUUUCUGUCAUUAGUUUGUCACCUACAGGUCUGUCCGACGUCGAUUCAAGCCGUCGGAUUAGUCAACAGAGUAGUCAGUACACACUGGAACAAAGCAUCUGCUACAUCAGCUGCGUUAGCAAACACGAAUCUCUUGUACAUAAGAAGCUAUGGAGACACAACAACAAAGUCCGGUGCAAUUAUGAUUCUUCAGGUGUUUCUACUAUCACACACUCUCAGGCUGUAUCUACGUGUGUGUGAUUUUGAGUGUGUGUCUGUUUGAGUGCGUGUGUGUGUAUGAGAUUAUCAAGCCACAGUCACUGGUUGAUUUUUAGAGCGAGUCCUUCUUGUCGUAUAUUCACCGUUCACACAAAGCGCUAACACAUAAACAAGAAGGAAGUAAAUCGUUAGCUGUGCGUCCUGUUUAACAUGUAAUCAAAGUAACCCUCUUUAACUUUGAUACGACGUGUAAUGAGCACAUGUUGUCAUAUUUAGCAGCUGCGUUAUUGGAAAAAAAAACAGACUUGAAAAAGAUUUCUAAAAAAAUUAGAGCUGCAUGCUAGCUUUGUUUAAGAGAGGGUGUUUAUGGUUUGUGUAUGUUUGGAGGGUCUAAGAUGAGGGUCUCGAAUGAGUCCAGUGAAAGGAGUGUAUGACUUCUACGGUAGAAAAGUAGAAAGUGCAGAAGAAGAAGGGAAUCACACUCUGGUUAACGACUGCUUGGUGGAUUGAUUAACGUUACUGGUGUGAAAACCAGAGACAGUGGAGGUACAAGUGGGAGCAGAUUGACUUUUUAUGGAGAAGGAGUUUAUCAUGUACAAAGAGUAUAUAAAUAUGAAGCUAGAUCUUUUAAGCUGUGGAGCAUUUCUAAUCUUCACCCUCUGUUUGUCUACCUCUUCCUCUCUGUCCAUCUCUCCGUCCCUCUCUGACGUAGUGUGCUCCACAGUGAUACCAGACCAAAGGCUGCGUGUAGGUUGUUGGUAAUGGAGGCCAAGAGGAUUUUUUUUACUGCAAAUGUUUGAGAAGUAUAGAAGCCAGACAGAUCAGGUCCUGCUAGAACUUUACAACCUUGUUCAGGAGUCUCAAAAUAAAGACCAAGGGGCCUCAUCUGACCCACAAGGUCGUAAUCCACUUGCAUGACCAGAAGUGAAUCUCAAGGUUCAGCUGUUGGAGUCUGUUUUAGAGAAAUGAGAAAUCUCUUCUUUUGAUAAACUUAAGUAAGAGUUUGAAACAUUUUCUAAGUAAAGUUUCCCCAAAUCCUAAUUACAGUCUACAAAAUGAUGCAGAUCAAUUUUUUCUGGUUAUUGAUUUAUCGACAAAACAAGUAAUCGUACCUGCUGACAUUACAUUUAGACCAACAAUGUGCAGCUUCAACUAAGCAUUCCUGACAAAGAAAAAGGUCUAAAAGAAAAGUAUACCUCGAAUCAAGUCCAUUAAAGAGAUUAUGUGACCGAAGAAAUUCUUGGUCGACCAAAACCCUGAAAUUUUCGAUCAAAAAUUGACUAAUCGGGGGACGACACGGCUCAGUAAAGCCAGUCGGCGGUGUGAAAAUAAACUGAUAUCGGCUCAAAAAGGCAAUUAAACAGAAAUAUUAUAUUUAGCAAACCACCGGACGUUGAUUAACGCGGACGCUCAUUAAUCUUUCUGUCUCCACCCGGUCUCCAUUGGGUUGGGCGAAUCCAAAAUGGUGAAAACAAGGGGGGUGUUUUGAGACAGGCUGUUACCUGCUAAACGGGGGUGCUCUGUAUACACCCCCAUUAGCAUUUGGUACGAUCCUCCUUAUGAAAUUUACCAUAGCCUGUAAAUUGUCACGGAAAAAAAUCGAGUCGAUCAAUCAGAAUUUUGUUCGACUCAGCAAGUAUCGACCGAUAAGUCGACCAGUCGACUAGGACUUUACAGCCUUAAAACCAACAAUCAAUAAGAAUAAGAAAGAAAUCAGACAUAUGAAUGCUUCUAUUGUACCUAUCGCAGAUGAAUGACAAGUGUACUUAGAAAGUACGUUUGGAGGUUUUACUCUUUUAGACUCUAAUAAUCAAACCUUACGACUCCUGAACUGGACGAUUGUUGAGAUGAGACAAGAGUGUGAGGCUCGAUCAAUCAGACACACCUGAACUGGUUGAUGUUCUUGUUUUAAUAGAUGUGUUAAAUAAGUGCAGGUCUUGUGAGGCUGACUAAUCUGAGUCCUGCUGCCUCCCUUCUUACAGGGCCACAGCCAAAGCCUGCCAAAUAUGCAGAUUCAAGUCCUGUCACGCACCAAACCAAAUCACUGCUAGACAGAAGAACCGAGGAAUGACAACUAGAGAGAGAGAGAGAGAGAGGGAACGGUGGAGUGUAUGAAAGAAAAGGAUCUAUGAAUGUUGUUGAGAUGGCAAAAGGAUGAGUGAGGGACAACAGGGAAACGAGUGAAGAGGAGCGAGUGAGGAGAGAAGAGGACAGGGAGCGUUAAGAAAGUAGAAGAGGAAGUUAAAGAGAAGUUUGAACAAACUGUAGUUGGAUGACCGGAAGUUAAAAAGUAAAGGAGUGAGGAAAGGGAAAGACGAUGUCAGUUCUGCUGGAGUGUCGAGCUCUGAGGAGACUAGCUGGUUUUUGUAAAAAGCUUUCAUGGUGUUUCACCAACCUACCAAUAAUGAUUUAGCAGGAGAGUUAGCGUGUCAUGUUUAUGAUGUUUACUGUUUUGUUCCAACAAUGUUAUUUAUUUACAUUGCUGCUGCUGCUGCUACUUUUUUUUUUAUUGCUUUAGACGCUGCUGUCUCUUCUUUUCCCCAAAGGAUAAAUACUUUUUUUUUUCUUUUUUCUUUUAAAGCCAAAUACAUGAAAUAAUGCAAUGUCAACAUGUUACCAAAUACAGAAGAGCAAGUCUGCUGAGAGUGAAAGUGAGCGAGAGAGGCGUUGAUGGAAAACAACAUGCAGGAAAGAGAAAAAGUACUGACUCACACAAUCUAUAAACACACAACUCACCUCAAAUGUAGCUUAUUGUGUAUGUGAAGUAUGUGACCAUUAGUUUUGCGAUGUCACACUAAAUGCUGCACGGCGUAGAAAUGAUCAGAGGGAAGGCCCGUCUGUCUGUCCGUGUGUCUGUCUGUCCAGAUUCUCGAUGUCACAUCCAUCUUUUACUCCGUCCACCCUCCAUCUGUCCACCUGCAAGUUCGACAACCUUGACAGUUCGCACCAAAGGUGUCUGCAACUCAACGAAAACACUAAAGAACGUUGUUGUUAUUGUUAUGACUAUUGUUAUUGAUAUUAGAAUUUAUUACUCUCAGCUAUGAUAAAUAUGAAAUAUCCUUAUAGCUAGUAGGGGGGGUGCUAUAUUAAAGCAGUGCUGUGUGUGUGUCAUAUACUGUACAGAGGGAGACUGUUGCACCAAAUCACUGCGGAUGCCCGACUACAACAAAACCAGCCGCUCCACCCUCUGCUCACUGUAGGCCUGUAUCAGGAAGUCACUCAGGCUGGCUCUUUGAACGCCGCCCGGCUUUACUGAGCCACUGAACCGUAGCAGUCUUGGAUGAGUGGUGUCACACAGAUGGUUAUCAGCUAACCGAGUUCACUCCAGCUUCUUCAGUCUAGAUAUGAACGUGUUCAAGUAGGAGAGUAGGCCCAUCAAACCUAACUGCAUACAUAAUAUUGGUGAAUAUUAACAAAUGUAUAAGUCAUGCUCUUAGUAUUUAAUCAGCUAUGUAACGCAGCAGAGAGAAUACAAACUGUUUGUGUUAAAUCAAGGUAAACCGAGUUUUACAACUUUCCUUGUAAAUUGGAGUUAAAAUUGAGUAGACGUAAUGUAAAAAUGAUUUAUAAUGUCAGCUGCAAGUUCUUAACUCGCAGCUCAGGAUUAAAGUUGAGUAGAGUUUUAAACCUAAACACAUAAUUGUAUAAAAGUAUAUCGUAUACUGACAAUGUCUUUAAAAACAUGUUACUCAACUUAUAAAUGAAGAGACUUAAUGUGGAGUAGUGCAGUGGUUCUCACCUGGUCUCACUCCAGGACCCACAUUUUCCCAUGGUCCUUAAGUCGUGACCCACUUUUAUAAAAUUCAAACCAAGCAAAUUUAUUUUUUGUAAAAAAAAAAAAUCUUCAAAGUCUCAAAUUUUUAACAUAAAUACACCUAUUUUAUUAAGUGCAUAACUACUAAAGUUGCAUAAACAGAAAAUAUAAAAUAUCAGAUUGCACAAAAUAAAGACCAAACACAGAUAGAUGUAUUUAUUUUUACUGCAUUCAGGCCACAUUAAUAAGAAACCGAGGAUGACCACGACAUAAUGGGUGCCUCUCAAAAUAAGCUAUUUUUCAAAAUAAAAGACAUGUCAAACAUCAGAUGCGCAUUAAAUAUUUACUAUUUUGACCAGCUGUUCGCGACUCAUCCAGAACGUGUCCGCAACCUACUUUUGGGUCGGGACCCACCAGUUGAGAACCACUGGAGUAGUUUGUGUAUUUUUUCUAUGGUGAACUUGUUGUCCAGUUGUGUAAAUAAUUGUGUUUCCAAGGAUGUGAUUGGUCAGUGGAUAGAGUUUAGAUGAGAUCCUCUUGAGUCGUGUGAACCCUGCAGUAUUUGUACCAUGGCGGUCUAAAGUCAGCCGGCCUCGGGAAACUAGAAAACCAAAGUUUAAUUUCAAAAUCAUUUGCGUUGCUUCAUGAUACAGGCCUGUGAGCAGAUGCGGUCGUGCAUUGACACAGUUCGAACAGCUCAGCCUACGUCCAGACACAGGUACCACCUGGACCUGCUGUAUCUUCCAUGUUAUCGAUUGUCCUGCUUGUAAAACCUCUGCAGAUGACAGGACGAUCACAGCAGAUAUACUCAGCCUCCAAACGCUUCAAACGAUGUGUAUAUAGACCUGAAUCUGGUGCUUAGCAUCUGUCAGCUGUGCUGCACCGACACCACAGCUUGAGGUGCACUAGUUGGUGCAGUUGAAAACACCCACUCUCUCUGUGAUGUGUCACCCACAGACACUACAACGUCCUCUGUUCAAGCUCCAUGUGUGGACCCAGUUUUUCUGCUGUCAAGGUUCUCUCUUAUUAAGCUCAUGCGUAUUUAACACACGCACACACACACCUGCUCAGCCGUGCUGUUUCUCAUGUAUUUCCAUCCAAACACCUGAUUGGGUGACGGUGGCACGCUACACCUCUGUGAAUUCAAUCAGGUUAGGCCAGGUGUGCACCUGCUACGAAUGACUGUCAAAAAAUGUGUGUGUGAGGAAACAAAACCCCCUCAUUCACACUCACACUCACACACAAACCCCUAAUGUAUAAAUCUAUUCUACACAGUGAUGCUUGCAAUGCCGAUAGUGGCUUUAUGUGUAUAUUAGCUUGUCAGGUGUAAGGCAAGAGGUGUGUAAAAACAGCUAGCGUAUAGCGUGUACCUGUGCUGUGCCUUGACACCAAGGGGGAGUGCGUGUGUGCGUGUAAGUGUGUGUUUUUCGUGAGUGCGCGCACUACAGCGUAUGUUGUAAACCCAUCUGUAAGUAAACCAAAUAUCAUUUUCACUAUGCAGUCAUUCAAACCAUGUCAGCUUGCUUGGAUGGCGAUAAAAAGCCUCGUGUACAUACACAGAUUUAUGGAUCGUCUGGAGUUGGCGACAGUGUGUUUCCUCUGUUCCCUCCUCCCUGCGUGGUCAUGACGUCACCACCUUCAGCGAGCUCACAGAGAGAAGACAGAGCAAGAGAUAUGUUUUGAUUGAGCUGACAAAUAUUUAAGGAUUGUAUCGGGGUUGGGGAGGGAUGUGGGUUGGACUUGGGGUUUGUAGUUUUUGGGGGAAAUACAGAUCAAUGCUGUAAAGUAUAUCAACUGCAUGUUAUUGUCACCGUUGUAACUGCCAUUUUGUUUUGUUUUGUUUUGGUUGUUGUUUGUUUUUAUUUUCUUCCAAGACAACGGUUGGUUUGGGUAGGGAUGCACAAAAUUUUAUCCUUAUUUAUGAUUUUUACACAUCUAGUCUGUAUUUUUGUUUUUGCAAAAAAAAAAUGUUGAAUUAUUGUGUACUUAGGAAAAGACACACUUUUUUUUUUUUGCCUUUUUGUAAUGUUUUCCUGUCUUUGCAAUAUAUAUAUUUUUUAUUUUUGUCAGUCAGUCACGGAGGAGAAGGAGGAGGAAGAGCUGUGUCUUUGUUAGCCGACAGUGUUGGUUAGAAAACUGUCCUGUUUUCCCCUCAUUUACAUGCCGUGUGUCUUUCUUCUUCAGUUAGCUGUGCCUGCGAGCGGCGAGUGUGUGUGACGUUUAUUUUGUGUACCAAAAGUCUUUAUUGAUGGUGAUCAUUAUUAUUAUUAUUAGCUUUUAUUUUUGUCCGUUGUUUUUGUUUUUAUUACUAUGAUUACUGUUUUUAUUAUGAUUUUGUUGUCAUUAUUAUUAUUAUUAUGAUAAUUACAGUUAUUAUUAUUACUAUUAUUAUUAUUAUUAUUAUUCAGGGCAAAGAUGACACCAAAUUGAACAAAGAAACAAAGGGGUGAUCCCAGACCGUGCUGAGAGUUAGACAAAGGUUUCUCUUUCGUUGGCGAGGUGGAGCAAUAGUUAUUAUCUCACCGUCAUGCUGUAGUGUCUGUCCACCUUGAAGAUAACCUCUGAGCUGAAAGUCGAAUAGUAUUUUUUAUUAUUAUCAUUAUUAUUUUAAUUAUUGUUAUUACUUUUUUUUCUCCCUUUGAUCAGAUAUCAUGAUCGAUUUCUUGUUACCCCAGUUCGGGUCACAAAUUGUUUGCUGUUAUUUAAUUCUUUUCCACCUUGUUAUCCCCGCCCUCUGCUCUUUUUUUGAUUUGAUUUUUUUUUUAUUCUGUUUUAUCGGAUGAUUAUUAUUUUUCCUUUCUCUUUGGUUUGUCUGAUGCUGUAGUAGUGAGCUGAAUGGUCAAAUACCAGAUUUUUUUUUUCCUAAUGCUGAGGCUGUCGUGACUGAUGUUGCACUUGUGAUGGAUUACUUGUUUUGUUUCGUUUUGUGUUGCAGAUUGUUGUGAAGAGAGGAGAAUAUCGGGUGUUUUCCUUAUUUUCUUUACGGUCACAGCAGAUAUUUUAUCAAUCCUAGUUCUGUGACACAGAGCAAGAAAAUGAUUCUACAGUGUAUUUUUUUCACUGAUAUUUAUUUAUUGGUCAUUUGUAUGUUUUUUUUUCUUUUGGUUUGUUUUAUUUUUUAUGUGUAUUGCUUUAUUUUGGAGGGCAAACAGGACUCAUUAUAAAGGGGGGGCAUUUUAUCAUUGUAACAGAAAGUGUCAUAUUAAUGUUAAAUCCGUAAGGAAACAGAUUAAAAUAGAAAAUAACAGCCAGGUAAAGUGUACUGCUUAUGGUUUUUUUGUGAUUGUCCAACUUUACGACAACCAUGAUUUUGUUCUAGAUCAGACAAACAUGCAGCAUGAUGUAUUUGAGUCCCAGUGCUGUACUAAUACCCCACUUUAAAACCUGUUCUGUUGAAACUCAGAUGGUCUCUGAAUGCCAGCUAAAGCAGACAAAAAGCAGACGAGAUAUUUUUUUUGUCUUUAUUUUGUUUUGUUGUUUUAUUUGAAGUAUUUUAGCUAAUGAAAACUACUAUAAUAGUGGACUGAUUGGCUUAUUAUUACCAUGAACUCCUUUUUAAUCGAGGUGGGGACACACCUGCCUUGAAGUAUGACUUGAGGUUUGUCACUUGGUUCUGAGUCUCGAUUGCAUGACUUUGCUAGUUUUCAGGGUGGGGGUGGUAGGACUAGGACUGUUCAGUUCGUGCUGUUGCAGUUCAAAGGCUUCUCCUCCACCGUGGAUUUAUUGUCUUGUAUCAAUCGACACAGCUUUACUGCCUGUUUCUUUAAUUUUAUUUUGUUUGUUUUUUGGCUGUAUUUUGUCCCCCGGCCCCCCAAGUCUCAUUUCAAACAGAAUAAACGCCAUUAUAUUGUGAAUACCUCAGGAUUUUUUUGGAGAAAAAAAACAAUAAAACACCUAAAAAUCAAAUAAAUAAAUAAACAAAUAAAAACUCAUCAAA